UUGUCCAUACGUUCAGGGCCAGAGCCAGUGCCCUUCCAGAGAUCCCUAGAUGCUUCCGGACUGGGAAGGCUGUGAGCCGUUUCCGCCGCCAUUGCGGAUUUUGGACAGAAGAUCAGCCAUAGCCACUGCUAUCCAUCGAUGCAGUGCAGAAAGCAUACACAGAAGGGGGGGCGUAUUUAACAUUUUUCCACUGAUAUCUCACUUCGGAAACACGAUUACCCACAGCAUCUUGCCUAUUUUAAAACAGUGCUAUCGUUUUCACCGACUGGCUCCGACCUACACAUUCAGUGAGGAGGUCGUAGCUAGCGCGGUGCUGCUGCUGCCUAGCUAGCUGUACGACCACAAUUUCAGGACUCCGGAGAAGCUCAAGGAAACAACCAUGGCUCAAAUCCUGCCUAUCCGCUUCCAGGAGCACCUGCAGCUCCAGAACUUGGGGAUCAACCCAGCCAACAUUGGAUUUAGCACGCUUACAAUGGAGUCUGACAAGUUCAUCUGUGUACGAGAGAAGGUUGGUGAACAGGCUCAGGUUGUCAUCAUUGAUUUGGCUGAUCCCAACAACCCCAUCCGUCGCCCCAUCUCUGCCGACAGCGCCAUCAUGAACCCUGCUAGCAAAGUUAUUGCCCUUAAAGACGCUGCAAAGACCCUGCAGAUCUUUAACAUUGAGAUGAAGAGCAAGAUGAAGGCUCACACGAUGACGGAUGACGUGACCUUCUGGAAGUGGAUCUCCCUCAACACUGUCGCCCUGGUCACAGACAACGCGGUCUACCAUUGGAGCAUGGAGGGUGACUCUCAGCCAAUCAAAGUAUUUGACCGUCACUCCAGCCUGGCAGGCUGCCAGAUCAUCAACUACCGCACUGAUGCCAAACAGAAGUGGUUGCUGCUCAUUGGCAUUUCUGCACAGCAAAACCGUGUCGUUGGAGCCAUGCAGUUGUACUCGGUGGACAGAAAGGUUUCUCAGCCUAUUGAAGGACAUGCUGCUGGAUUUGCACAGUUCAAGAUGGAAGGCAACACCGAGGAAUCGACUCUGUUCUGCUUUGCCGUGCGGGGACAGGCAGGAGGAAAACUCCAUAUUAUUGAAGUGGGGACUCCACCAACUGGGAACCAGCCGUUUCCAAAGAAAGCUGUGGAUGUUUUCUUUCCUCCAGAAGCCCAGAAUGACUUCCCUGUGGCCAUGCAGAUCAGUUCCAAGCAAGAUGUAGUCUUUCUCAUCACCAAAUAUGGCUACAUCCACCUAUAUGACUUGGAAACUGGAACCUGUAUCUACAUGAACAGGAUCAGCGGAGAGACCAUUUUUGUCACUGCCCCCCAUGAACCUACUGCUGGAAUCAUUGGAGUCAACAGGAAAGGACAGGUGUUGUCUGUAUGCGUGGAGGAGGAAAACAUCAUUCCAUACAUCACCAAUGUGCUCCAGAACCCAGACCUUGCACUCCGAAUGGCUGUCCGCAACAACCUCGCUGGUGCUGAGGAGCUGUUUGCUCGCAAGUUCAACACCCUUUUUGCAGCAGGAAAUUACUCAGAGGCUGCAAAGGUGGCAGCGAAUGCACCCAAGGGUAUUCUGCGAACACCAGACACCAUCCGUAGGUUCCAAAGUGUUCCCGCCCAACCAGGCCAGACGUCUCCCUUGCUUCAGUACUUUGGCAUCUUGCUGGAUCAAGGCCAACUUAAUAAGUUUGAGUCUCUGGAGCUCUGCAGGCCUGUCCUUCAGCAGGGCCGAAAGCAGCUACUGGAGAAAUGGCUAAAAGAGGAUAAGCUGGAAUGUUCUGAGGAGCUCGGAGACUUGGUGAAGUCUGUAGAUCCAACUCUCGCCCUCAGCGUCUACCUCAGAGCCAAUGUUCCCAAUAAGGUCAUUCAGUGCUUUGCAGAGACUGGCCAAUUCCAGAAGAUUGUUCUCUAUGCCAAGAAGGUGGGCUACACUCCAGACUGGAUCUUUUUGCUAAGGAACGUAAUGCGGAUCAGUCCAGAGCAAGGUCUUCAGUUCUCUCAGAUGCUGGUUCAGGAUGAAGAGCCACUUGCUGACAUUACACAGAUUGUUGACGUAUUCAUGGAGUACAACCUGAUCCAGCAGUGCACGUCCUUCCUACUAGAUGCCCUGAAGAACAACAGACCCAUGGAGGGACCACUGCAGACGCGCCUGCUGGAAAUGAAUUUGGUCCAUGCACCACAGGUUGCAGAUGCCAUUCUGGGUAACCAGAUGUUCACCCACUAUGAUCGCGCUCACGUGGCCCAACUGUGUGAGAAAGCAGGCCUCCUGCAGAGAGCGCUGGAGCAUUACACUGACUUGUAUGAUAUUAAACGAGCAGUGGUGCAUACACACCUUCUCAACCCAGAGUGGUUGGUGAAUUUCUUUGGCUCCCUGUCUGUGGAGGAUUCCUUGGAGUGUCUGAGGGCCAUGUUAUCUGCCAACAUCCGGCAGAACCUGCAGAUCUGCGUGCAGGUCGCCUCCAAGUACCACGAGCAGCUCACUACUCAAUCCCUCACUGAACUGUUUGAGUCAUUCAAGAGCUUUGAGGGUUUGUUCUAUUUCUUGGGCUCAAUUGUGAACUUCAGCCAGGAUCCUGAAGUUCACUUCAAAUACAUUCAGGCUGCGUGCAAAACAGGCCAAAUCAAAGAGGUGGAGAGAAUCUGCAGAGAAAGCAAUUGCUACGACCCCGAACGUGUGAAGAACUUCCUCAAGGAAGCCAAGCUUACCGACCAGCUGCCAUUGAUCAUCGUGUGUGACCGCUUUGAUUUCGUCCACGAUCUGGUCCUGUACCUGUACCGCAACAGCCUACAGAAAUACAUUGAGAUCUAUGUGCAGAAGGUGAACCCGAGCCGUCUGCCAGUAGUCAUUGGUGGAUUAUUGGAUGUGGACUGUGCCGAAGAUGUAAUUAAGAACCUGAUCAUGGUGGUGAGAGGACAGUUCUCCACAGAUGAACUGGUCGCUGAAGUGGAGAAAAGAAAUCGCUUGAAGUUGUUGCUGCCUUGGUUGGAGGCUCGUAUUCAUGAAGGCUGUGAGGAGCCUGCAACCCACAACGCCUUGGCCAAGAUCUACAUCGACAGCAACAACAACCCCGAGCGUUUCUUGAGGGAGAACCCCUACUAUGAUAGCCGCGUGGUGGGCAAGUACUGUGAAAAGAGAGACCCCCACCUGGCUUGCGUGGCUUAUGAAAGAGGACAGUGUGACCAGGAACUCAUUCACGUGUGCAAUGAGAACUCACUGUUCAAGAGUCUGUCCCGCUACCUUGUACGCCGCAAGAACCCAGAGCUGUGGGCAAGUGUGCUGUUGGAGACCAACCAUUACAGAAGACCACUCAUUGACCAGGUCGUCCAGACAGCCUUAUCAGAGACCCAGGAUCCAGAGGAGGUGUCUGUCACAGUCAAGGCCUUCAUGACCGCCGACCUUCCUAACGAGCUCAUCGAGCUUCUGGAAAAGAUUGUGCUGGAUAAUUCUGUCUUUAGUGAACACAGAAACCUUCAGAAUCUCCUCAUUCUGACUGCCAUUAAAGCUGAUCGGACACGCGUCAUGGAGUACAUUAACCGUCUGGACAACUACGACGCCCCAGACAUCGCAAACAUUGCCAUCAGCAAUGAGCUGUUUGAGGAGGCCUUUGCUAUAUUUAGAAAAUUUGAUGUCAACACUUCUGCUGUGCAGGUCCUGAUCGAACACAUCGGCAACCUGGACAGAGCUUAUGAAUUCGCUGAGCGCUGCAAUGAGCCCCCAGUUUGGAGUCAGCUGGCAAAGGCGCAGCUUCAGAAGGGCUUGGUGAAAGAAGCCAUCGACUCUUACAUUAAGGCUGAUGAUCCCUCGGCCUACAUGGAGGUGGGACAAGCUGCAGCCCAAAGCGGAAACUGGGAGGACCUGGUGAAGUUCCUGCAGAUGGCUCGAAAGAAAGCCCGCGAGUCAUAUGUUGAGACAGAGUUGAUCUUCGCCCUGGCCAAGACCAACCGCUUGGCCGAGCUGGAAGAAUUCAUCAACGGACCCAAUAAUGCUCACAUUCAGCAAGUGGGUGAUCGAUGCUAUGACGACAAGAUGUACGAGGCAGCCAAACUGCUUUACAAUAAUGUGUCAAACUUUGGCCGUCUGGCCUCAACUCUGGUUCACCUGGGAGAAUACCAGGCAGCUGUGGACGGAGCCCGCAAGGCUAACAGCACCCGUACCUGGAAGGAGGUGUGUUUUGCUUGUGUAGAUGGGAAGGAGUUCCGUCUUGCCCAGAUGUGUGGCCUGCAUAUUGUUGUCCACGCUGAUGAACUGGAGGAGCUCAUCAACUACUACCAGGACCGUGGUUACUUCGAGGAGCUGAUCACCAUGCUAGAGGCUGCCCUUGGGUUGGAGCGUGCUCACAUGGGCAUGUUCACUGAGUUGGCUAUCCUCUACUCCAAAUUCAAACCCCAGAAGAUGAGGGAACACCUGGAGCUCUUCUGGUCCCGUGUUAACAUUCCAAAGGUUCUCAGGGCAGCUGAGCAGGCCCACCUCUGGGGAGAACUUGUGUUCCUCUAUGACAAGUAUGAGGAAUAUGACAAUGCCAUCAUCACUAUGAUGAAUCACCCAGCUGAUGCCUGGAAGGAAAGCCAGUUCAAAGACAUUGUCACUAAGGUGGCUAACGUUGAGCUGUACUACAAGGCCGUCCAGUUUUAUCUCGAGUUUAAACCACUGCUGCUGAAUGACCUCCUUAUUGUCCUCUCUCCAAGACUGGAUCACACACGUGCUGUCAACUUCUUCAGCAAGGUGAAACAGCUGCCUCUGGUUAAGCCUUACCUAAGGUCUGUCCAGAAUCACAACAACAAGUCGGUGAAUGAAGCACUUAACAACCUCUUCAUCAAUGAAGAAGACUAUGCGGCGCUGCGCACUUCCAUCGACGCUUACGACAACUUCGACAACAUCUCGCUCGCCCAGAGCCUGGAGAAGCACGAGCUGAUUGAAUUCAGGAGGAUCGCAGCCUAUCUUUUUAAAGGCAACAACCGCUGGAAACAGAGUGUCGAGCUCUGCAAGAAGGACAAGCUCUACAAGGAUGCCAUGCAGUACGCAUCAGAGUCCAAAGACACUGAGCUGGCAGAAGAGCUCCUGGCUUGGUUCUUGAAGGAAGACAAGAAAGAGUGUUUUGCUGCCUGCCUAUUCACCUGCUACGACCUGCUGCGGCCCGACGUAGUACUGGAGACUGCCUGGCGACACAACAUCAUGGACUUCUCCAUGCCGUACUUCAUCCAGGUCAUGAGGGAAUAUCUCACUAAGGUUGAUGCGAUAAAGGAAAAGACCACCUACCAACCCACGAGACUCCAGAGCGGGGCUCUUCACGCCCAUCAAGAGCCCUGAUCGGCUUGCUGGUGUGUCCGUGACGGCUUGAGUUUUGCCUCAGGCCAGGAAUCACAGAACUGAUUGGUGAAUUGGACACGUAGCUGACAGCUAAACUCAGAUUAAUUGCUGAUUCAGCUCCUGAGACUUUAUGACACUUCCACAGUCAUUUUUUUGAAGAUCUGUUAUAGCAGUGCAACGGUAACGGCCACCUGCCGCAGCUGAAAGCAGCUUCAGAGUCUCUCAGUUGGUCUUUGUAAGUCUGCCUCUUAGAGAAAGCCCUUUCACAUAUUUGUGUCAGACGUGCAACCGAGCCCUCGACUGAAGCCAGCAUGCUUAUCAGCUCUCCUCGGCCGUGGGUGAACAGUGCCACUCUGCUUAGCCUCCCCUCACCUGCUGUGGGUCAGGUCCUUUUUCUGAGAUUUGUAGAUUAAUUCAUGUUUUACUGUCUCGUACCUCUGCUCAGCUGCGCUCUACUGCUAACAAGUUUAUUUUAGGAAGCAGAUGUGUUUAUACUGUUGAUGUUCUAUGUUUGCCUUUUUUUGGUUUUAAUCAAAUAGUGGGAGGAUAUUAUUCUGUUUAAACAGUGGUGCAUUAGCAUAGACUGCAGCUGAGUGUAAUAUUAGCAUCAGAGGAGCCACAGAGGCUCCAUUUUAACAAAGUAUUUCUUUUCUGUUGCUUUCUGUCUGCCUGUACUUAUUUCAGUGCUAUAGUUACAAUACUGGCAUUAGAAACCAUAAAUGUUAGCCUGUUACAUGCAUUUUUAGAGGGUGUAUUUUUCUCUGUUUCUUUGAGUAUUCUUGCAAAGUGAGCUCUCUUCAAGCGACAAAUUGCUUUUGUGGGUCAGGGAAUAAAAUCUGUAGUCCGGGUGUAUCCACUGGGUAGAAAAAAAUCAGAACUUGUAGAAAAUGACCAGCAUGCAUUUCCCUCCUCCUCCCUUGGUAGCAUCAGCUGCACUCAGGCCAGGCUAAGAGACAUGUUGUUGGCUGUGCCUGCUUCUUGGAAACGUUGAACUGGCUGUACAGUACCAUCCCCUCCACCCUGUCGUUCACGCUCCCUCCACUUUGGCUCUCUGCUUCUCUGUCUUUCUCUCAUGCACUCCUCAAGAAAUAAAUGACUAAACUGCUGCUUCAGCAUGUCUCUAAUAAAUCGGCACACUUUUCUUAAAACGGCCUCUUAACUAGAUCGACUGAUGUUUUUCUUUUUCACUAGUAAACCAGACAGUAUGUAGAGAACUGAACCCAAAACCACCGUGAGAGAAUCCAACCCCCCUUUUUGUUUAAGUUAUCUUAUCUCAACUGCAAUGCGCGCUGGCGUAGCCGAGAGCACCGAGGGUAAUAUCUGAAGCUUCCCGCUGGCUGCUUAAUUCUCUGAAUUGUUUCAACUGUAUCUUUUGUCCUUUCGACUGUCAUUGUCUGCUUCUGAGCUGAGGCUAAAACACCAAAGAAGAAAUAAUGGGAAGUUUGCGAAAGUUUAUCUCAAGGCUUUUACAUGUUUUACAGAGCUGUUUACACCCAUGCAGGGAGUUAGAGAUACGAUAUGUAGCAUGUUAGCUGCACAAUAAAUAAUAUUAAAGUGACAAAAGUGAACGUCUGAUUUUCAGGCUUUAGAAAAUGUAGUUUAAAGCCUGAAAAGUCUGGGGGGCUUCAUCCAAUCACACCUCUUUUCUGGUAAAGGUCAGGUGAGUAGUAAAAAAAACAAAAAAGGAAUUAAAACACUUCAUUGCAUGAUUGGAAGGAGGAAGCAAGGGGUUAUCAAUCUAUACAUAUUUACCUUUUCAUUUUAUUUGACCUUAUUUUACAUUUAUUUAAUUU